UUGCCCUGCGCACAGAUGAACAAUUGUUGUUGAGAUGUUGACUUGAAGAGCCAGCCUUAAGCGACACAAAAGUAUUAUUUAAAAACAUUGUCGUGGUGACGCAAAGGUUUAAAUUGAACAGUGAACCGGUAGGCUAUAGAGAGAUGCAUGGAUAGUGCGUGUGCGCCUGGUGGUUAUGCUACUAAUGACAACGUGAUGUUUUAUGCGAGCUUGCAGUCGCCGCCUCCGGACAGAGCCGUUGUCGAAGAAGAUGCUGUAUCAGCUGCGCGCUCGUGAGAUAGACUACCCCGGGUAGGCUAUGUCUGUUUUUCAAAUUUCACAAAUGUCUCCUUUGCUUCUGACAAUAGAAGACGAUACAUUGGCAUAGCGUUGGGAAUAGUUUUUUGAAAACAUUUUGCUGGAAAUAAAUAGGCUGCCUGUCUAGAGAGAUGUUCAUCGCUCCAAAGGAGACAUCAAGUUUGACAACUGUAACCGUCUAGGCUACGAUGACGCAGGGUGCACGAGGAGUUAGAGCAUUUGGUUUGGCUGGAGACUUUAUGUUACCGCUUUUAUCAAUGACAUGACUAUUUCACCACGCACAAUGGAGGAUAAAUCCAACAAACUCAUUUUGAUUCCGAUACUGGCCGUGGUCUUCUUGAUGAUAGGCUAUCAGUACAUUUGUCCAGCCGGCAGUAACUCUUGUCGCUUUCUAACUGGAGACAAGUUGAGUGGAAUGUUCCGCCAAUAUCACUCGGGGGACGACAUUUACGCGUACCAAGAAGGGCUGGAGUCGGAGGGUUCCUCAACAACUCUGUCCAAAUUCAAUUUUACUGACCGAGACCUUGGGCGACACGUGGAUUUCAACAUCAAAGGAGAUGACGUUAUAGUGUUCCUUCACAUCCAGAAGACCGGUGGGACUACUUUCGGACGGCACCUUGUCCGAAACAUUCACCUCGAACAGCCCUGUGAUUGUAUGCCAGGACAGAAGAAAUGUACAUGUCACCGCCCGGGCAAAGCGGAGUCCUGGCUUUUCUCCAGGUUCUCUACUGGCUGGAGUUGUGGUCUACAUGCGGACUGGACCGAGCUGACUAACUGCGUGCCUGUAGUGAUGAACAGGAAAGACAAGAAGGAUGCUCAGAGGGACCGACGGAACUUCUACUACAUCACCAUGCUAAGGGACCCUGUCUCCCGCUACCUGAGCGAGUGGAAGCACGUGCAGCGUGGCGCCACCUGGAAGACUGCCCUGCACAUGUGUGACGGCCGCUCUCCCACCCAGGACGAACUGCCCGCCUGCUACAGUGGUGACGACUGGACCGGGGUCACGCUGACCAACUUCAUGGACUGCCCUUCCAACCUGGCCAACAACCGGCAGGUCCGCAUGCUGGCCGACCUCAGCCUGGUGGGCUGCUACAACGUCUCCACCAUCGGCGCCGAACGGGAGCGCGGCCGUGUCCUACUAGCCAGUGCCAAGAACAACCUCCGCAACAUGGCCUUCUACGGCCUGACCGAAUUCCAGCGCAAGACGCAGUACCUGUUUGAGCGGACGUUCGGCCUGCGCUUCAUCCAGGCUUUCACGCAGAUCAACAGCACGCGGGCGGCCAGCGUGGGGGUGGGGGAGGGGGCUCUGCGGCGGCGCAUCGAGGGGCUCAACGCCCUGGACGUGGAGCUGUACGAGUAUGCCAAGGAGCUGUUCCUCCGGAGGUACCAGUAUAGCCGCCAGACACAGCACCAGGAGCAGAGGCUGAGGAGGAGGCAGGAGAGGCAGCGGCUACACCAGCACACAGCCCCCAUCUCCAAAGCCAGGAGGGAGGAGGAGGAGAGGGAGAUAGAGGGGGUGGAAGGGGAGGAGGUGGGAGGUGUAGCCACCACAGAGGACUACAGCAGCCAGGUGGUGAGAUGGUGAGGCCGCAACACCCAUGCAAGGACUAGUACUUCCUGUCAGUUUCUCUCUCUCUCUUUCUCUCUUUCUCUUUCUCUCUUUCUCUUUCUCUCUCUCUCUCUUUCUC